AACGUCGGUUGGUUUAAAAAAUAUGAGCCAUAAAUAGCCUAAUGUCAAAAAUGCAACCAAUGGACAUCACUAUGUUACUAUCAAUUUCCUAACGUCAGCCACAAGUAAAAUUUAACUUUACCUGUUGUGUUUAAGUAUUAUUUUCCCACUGUUCCGUGCGUUUGUAUUUCACUGACGACGUCGCUUCAGCUGAUCGAUGAUUCACGCCGGCCUAUUUACCAGGACAAUCACAUGUGGAUAAGCAUUGCAAUGCAAACAUAAGGAAAAGUCGUCAAAUAAAGUGCAUCAAAGGAUUAGGAACGGGUUGUUCUACAAAUGACAUAAUGACAUCGUAACUGCACAAUUACCGACGCGUGUUAACAGUGUAUGAGCCAUUUGUUGUACAAACUGCAAUCAUGUAAUCGUGACAAGACUCGUUCUAACAACAACACUUUUUACCAUAAAUGCACCUUGAGUCUUUGUAAUAAGAUUUAGGAAAUGUCAGUUAACAAUGUGGAUGGUAGUAAGACUAGUAAGACGGUGCGUGCCUAAAACAGACCAUUCGUAACCCUUAUCGCUUCGAGAUAAGGGCUAAUGGUCAGUUGUCGGCGCGCGUGCGCGGCUGACCGUCGGCGACCACCGCCGACCGCCAGUGAUCGUUAGCCUGCGCCGCGGCCGCCCGCGCCCCAGCAUGUGACAGGAUGCCGCCCGUGGACCUGUCGGAGGAGGCGUUCACGGUGCUGCAGGAGCCGCGCGUCAAUGUGGUGCGGCCGCUGCCGCGCGCCGACAUGGUCGCUCCGACGCCACACUCCCUACUUGACCCGAAAUUCUCCCGCGCGCUUGAUUUCAAACUUCGCCGGUUGAAAGAAAAAGAGAUACUCCAGGCGAAUUUACGCAGACCUACACGGAGAGCACGUGCGGCGCCGCUUGCCGCUUCCAAUCCGAGCUUAGGUUCCAAAGCACAUAACUGUGUUGAAGGCAUGAGCAGAUCACAUCCACGUAUCGAUGUGAUAGCGCCUGAAGAAGAUGCUUCACCAUCAGGCCCGCCAGCGGAGGCUUCUCCGUCGCCCGGGCGUGGUAGCCGACGCGCAAAACGCCACACGAGUCCUGGCGAGCGGCCGCGUUUCGUCACGACUGUCAAAGUUGGGCAGUUCCUUCCUCCACCGCCUGAGUUAGCCGAGCUUCUUGGCCUGGAAUCUCUAUACCCGGCGCCAGCACCUGUAGUUUACUCAUACGCGAGCCGGCCGAAGGCGGUGGCAGGGCGUUGUAAACGCGCGGCGCCGGAACGCAAGGAGGCGCCGGCACCGAAACGGCCCGCAGCGGGCGAUGUGUUCAGCGGGGUCCGGGCUCUCAUUGCUGGCGUGGCCGGCCUGCGACACAUGGUUGAACAAAGCGAGACCGCCGGCAGCAUGGCGACGUCCGGCGGCGGCAACAUCAUGCACGACAAGCGCGUCGUGCGCGGCAGCACUUUCGCCGUGCACCCCCAAUCUCACGGCGAUGGCAUCGAGAGCGCCGCAGCGAAGGCAGCGCGCACGCGGCGGCGCGCGCUCGCCCGCCGAGCGGCCGCCGCGCGCCUGCGGCCCGGCACGCCGCCGCCCGCGCCCGGCCGCCGCCACCACCCCAUCCAGACCGAGUACUACCUCGAGGAGCUGUUCGACAAGGGCGUGGAGAUGGAGGUCGGCGUGCAGACCGACCUGUUCCUCGACCGGCCCGCCACGCCGGUGUACGUGCCGGCGAAGACUGGUGCUGAUGCCGCUACCCAAAUCUAUCCCGGUGACCUAUUCGACUUCGACCUGGAAGUGUCUCCGAUCCUGGAGGUGCUGGUGGGGAAGACGUCGGAGCAGGCGCUGGCGGAGGUGGCACAAGAAGAGGAGUUAGCCACGUUGAGGGAGCAACAACGACGCUACGCCGAGCUCAGGGACGCCGAGCGUGCCGAGCGGCAGCGGCUGGCCGCCAUGGACCAGCGUCUGUACGAGGAGAAAGAGCGGCGCGUGGCGGAAGCGCGCGUGGCGCAAGUGGCGGCCGAGGAGGCGCGCGCGCGGGCCGCCGCGGCGACCCUGGUGCAGGGCUACGUGGCCGAACUGCUGCCCGCCGUGCUCGCUGGCCUGCGAGACCAGGGCUACCUGCUGGAGCGCGUGCACCGAGGAGUGGACGAGGAGUUCAUGCCGUGGCUGGUGAACGCCGUGUCCGAAGAGCUCGACUCCAUCAUCACGAGCCGCGAUGUCAUCACGGAGAUCGUCCGCGACGUGGUGGAGGCCCGCAACGAACUGUACCGCGCCGCAGCGGAAGCAGAGGCUCAAGUCGUAGAACCGGAAGAAUCCAUCACUCCGCCGUCCACCCACGAAGAGGAGGAGGAGGAAGCAGAAGUGACGACAUAGAACACGGCAACGAGCGGCUUUAAAUUCAGCGUCCUGUGAACAUGACGAACGAACAUUUCUACUUCAUCACACCAGGCGAAAUCAUCAAGGAAAACAAUGAUGCCAACUACUUAGGUACCUACAUUGAGGUUUGCAAUUGACAGAAACUUAGACAGGGAUGUUCAACUGUUCAAACUUUUUGAACCGAGAGCCAAAGCAAGAGCUCUGCUUAGUUGGCAAGAUUUUCGGAAUUCGGCUUUAUCCUCGAGCCAAAUUGGAAGGAUUACGGGCUGGAUCAGACCUACGAGCCGUAGUUUGGAGAACCCUGACUUAUUACAAGAAAUUUCGCGUGUUGGAUAGUUGGUCUCUGUAAUACCUACCGUAGCUAUAACUCCGUCCAUACGCAAGUUUUUAGGAAAGCUAUUACUGAGUAGAUUAUUAGAAAGAUUAUAUAUAUAACAACAACAUAAAUUACUUACCUACAACACGCCAUUCAAAUAAAGGGCGAGUUAUAGAAUUGUAAGAAAACCUAAGGUGGCUUUAACUUUUUAGUAAGACUCCUGACUAAAUAAAGAAGUAUGUAGGGAACCAACAACUGUAAUUUUUUUGAUACCAUGGAACUUUCUUAAUCGUUUUUCAUAUUGAAAUAUUUAUUGCAACAGCAGAGAUUACUCACUUUAAAUUGUAAUCUUUAUCUUAAGUUCCCAGUACAAUGUUUGUUAAAAUUAGCCUCAUUUUGUACUGUUGACUAUUGUUUUUAAACAUUUUAUUGUUUGUGUGGAGCCGCGACAUUUGUACAUUGUGUAGAUGUAGUUCUGUAGUUAUAUUUAGACCCUUAUUUGUUAUUAUUAUUAUGAAAUAAAAUUCUUAUGAUUA